AUGCUCAAAAUCUUGCUUGUAAAAGGGGUGAAACAUGUCUUUCUAGUUCUUACCAUAAUAGGCAUAUAUCAUUGUCUUGGAGCUGUUCUGAAAAACAUUCAUGAUUUGCUCGAAUUGAUAGUAUUCAAAGAGAAACUUGGUGCUUACGCUAAGCAUGAUCAAAUUAAAAAAGAUCUUUGUGAAGAAAACUGGAUUGUUUUAAGAGAAGUUUGGUAUUAUGAAAAUCUAUAUAAAGUUAUUCCAGAUAUUCUUUGUGAAUUGGGUCUUAUAGAAUAG